AUGCGAUCAGAGUCGUCUCCACCCGCGCGUCGUCAGAUUGAAGGCUUAUCUGCGCCCUCGACGUGUGCUUCAAGUGCGCAAAGUGACACGGCCCUUCCAGUGUCCGAUGCCCCCGAGUCUCAAACCGGUGCUCAAGGUACGAGACAACGAAAGAAGAAGUCUGAGGGUCUCAAUGCUACUCCCUUGAGCCUUGAGGCUAUCAGUACCCCAGGACAAGCCCGCCAGCGUGCCCAACCCCGUGCUUUAGAUCCCAACAUCCAAGCCAGUCCUAAACACUGGACACGACCUCCCAAGCCUGGAAACGGCCCUCCUCCUAGACGCGCCGAUAAUCAUGGAUCAGUAGCAGUCAGAAGAGGUGCGGAUUCAAGAAGAGUGAACAACGCCCAACGUGCUGUUGUUGCUGUCGCUGAAACCCUACAGCAGGUCACCCUAGAGAAUAGCUACCCUGGUCCCACAGCUUUCUCCAAGUUCCUUGACCUCCCGGCCGAGCUGAGAACCCAAAUUUGGGGUUGGGUUUGCUCAAUGCCACGCCUCCUGGAAGUCGAGUUUGUUGACGGAGAUAAACGACACUUCCACCAUCGUUUAGCCCCGAGAUCAUGCAGUCCACCAGCCGUAAUGCAAGUCAACCAUGAAGCUCGCGAAGAAGCCAAGAAAUAUUACCAGAGCACCGUCUUUACUACGAAGAGGAUAAAGGACGAAGCCUUAGGAUGCUAUCCUACGAGAAAGACCUUCGAGACAUGGUACAAUCCUCUUGCCGAUGUCCUCGUUUUCAACUCGCAUUCAUGCAUGAACACUCUCAUACGCUUCUUCCAGACGAUGCGCCUCAGGAGUGUGAGCAUCAGUCGUGUUGCUAUCCUCGCCAGCGGUAAGGUCAUCAAUUGCCAUGACCCGAAUACUAUCCAUGCUGACGACCCAUACGAAGAUGAUCUGGGAUAUGACAUUCGUGGUGGCUGCACCGUCAUGCAAGCUCUGCAUGGCAUUCAUAGGUCUGUAGCGCGGACCGACAGAGUAUCUGGUGUUAAGGGCCUGAAGGAGGUCUUCUUCAUCAUACCUACCUACUUGAUGGUGAAUGAGCCAGGCAGUCUCGAUGCAAGCAUCUGGUUCCGCCCUGCAUGCAGCGAUGGUAUGGCCCCAGGGCAAAUAGUCUGCAUGAAGGAUCUCGAGCGAGACAUCAAGUUCGUCCGUCAUGGAAUGCCUCUUCGCCUCUGCGGCCCUCUCGAUAAUUGGACUAGAGCCAAACGAUCUGUUCGCAAGGACCCCAAGGACGAGAAAGAGUCUGAUGGGAGUCAUACUGCACAUGAGCAAGCUGGUAUUAAACCCGCCGAAGGGGAAGAGUCUACUGUUGGCAAUCACUUAGUCCAAAAUCCGGAAGUCCAAUAUCACAACGCGGACCCUAAUCAGAAUCAACCACCAACCUUCCACUUCGUCUCCUUGUCACCCGCUGCCAAGCCGGGACUGGCUUUUGGUGCCAUCUCGGUCCGCAACGCUGAUAUGCCAAAGCUCAACUGUUACGACUGGGCCUUCAUGAGAAAGAUCGAGGAGCUAGCCAAAGUACACGUCAAGGUUCCAGAGGAAGACUACAAGACCCAGGUGAUGCGAGAGAUUGGUUUCUAUGGUAAGCCAGAAGGGGUGGCUAAGGCUCAGCAGAUGGUAGUGGAUAAAUUAGCGUACAUGGGAGAGAAGACCUUUACUCAAAGAUAUAGUCAGCGUGUCAAAGGCUAUAAAACCGAGGGCAAGGUUGCGUAUUUCGGGGCUGGUGGCUCACUGGCUACAGCUGCUGAGAAGUAUUAG